AUGACGAUGCGGAGGGGCGGGCUCGGAAGAGUGAGUGCUUGUCUAUGCCCUGUUACACAUCGCCGCGCCAGGUUGCCGAUGUAUUACGAUGCCUUUUUGAAGUAUAUGCAGACUGACCGAGGGCUCCCUCAAUCUACAGAGCGCUUAAUCGAACUUCUGCACGAAUUCCCGCCCGAAGAGCCUACCCGGAAAAGGUUUAUCCAGGAGAUGAUCGGUUGGAGUGGCAGGUUUGGACCCUUAGAACGCGGCGACCCUGAGUUGCAUCAUGCCGCUGGAUCGGUAUACGCGGAAGACCACGAACCCUAUGACGCGGAAAAGCAUCUCAUCUUUGGUACUUCGGAAUCAGCUGAGACUCUGGCCAAACUGGAAUUCGAGUGGUACACCCAUGACGAACCGCACACUGCCGCACUUUAUGCCUCUCGCGCGGUAUUCCCAUAUCUCUUGAUCGGAAACCUCCGCAGCGCCAACAAAGCCUUCCUCAUUUUCACGUCAAAGCUUUCCUCCACAAACCCCUCACUCGGCGUGCAAGAUGUCAGCAGCGCUAGCUCUGACGUACGCGUCUUCCCCGCGCUGCCAUUGUUGAAUUUCAUCAGCAUGCUGCUCCUUACGAUUCAGCGCGGUAGUUCGGAUUUGUAUAAGCAGUUGACGGCGCAUUAUGCAUCUCAUAUCAGAGACGUCGGAAUCUGGGAUGACGCCCUGUCUCAGAUAGGCGAGCAAUAUUUCGCAAUCAAGAUCCCAAGGCAGAGCAACCCGCUGCUGGAUAUGAUGGGAAGCAUGUUCUUUGGUGGCGGUCAGGAUGGUGCUGGUGCCCGGAUGGCACCUCAGGGCAGAGGAGGGUCGAAGAGGGUGGAAGCGCCUCCGACGAGUAUGGAGCUCGAUUAG